CCGUGCCGGAGGUUCACCGCGCGAGCCCUAAGGCAGCGUCCCCCAGAGACACGGUCCUGGAGGCGGGGCCCUGGGGACAAGCACGUGUUUGUCUGAAAGCCCCUCGAUUCUCCAGGCAGCCCGGCCGCUGUGCGCUCCAGUAGCCAGAAAGUAGCAACUCGGGACCUUGGGUCAGAAAACUGCGGCGGGUCUCUGCUAUUUGGGAACCACCAUGAAUAGUGUAGACAGCGAAGAUCUGCUCACUGAGAAGCCUCCCAGACUCAAGAGCUCAAAAGAAUGGUUGGAACCGCAGCCACUUCCUUUCGUGGAGGCAUUUGCCAGAGAGGAUAUUAAUGCAGCUAUUAAAUCAAUAUUAUAUAGAGAAAAUUACAUAAAUAAGGAAUUAGAAAAGUAUUUACAGCAUCAUGACUUCUUAAAUACAAGAAGAAAAGAGAUGUUAUACAAAAGAUGGGUUGACCAUGUGGCAGGUCCUCUCCAGAAGAAAAUCAUGGAGAAAGUUUGUUCACAUAAGAAGAUUAAAAAAAGGAGACACCAGGAAUUAGAUACCUUCUUAAAAUACGUAAAUAAAAAGGGAAGUGCAUUCAUAGAGCAUUAUGACCCAAAAGAGUACGACCCUUUCUACAGGCACAAAGAGGACCUGGAUUUCCUGAAGGUUAUCAUCCCACCAUUUCGUGACCCUUUGAAAAAGGCACAAUAUGACAAAGAUGAUGAAAAAAGAACUAUUCUUCAGUGUGAGACUGGCAAAAUACAUACAAUGAAAGAAUUUAAAGAGAUUGAGAAGGCCAAACUGUAUUGCAGAUUUCCACAACUUUCUAAUUCAAGGUGCUUUGUGACUCCAAAUGAUUGGCUUAAACUGUCUACAAGCUACAUAGAAAGUGACUUUUGUAAAAGGAGCAGGUUAAAGGUGAAGAGUAAUUUCAACGCUAGUAGUUUUGAUUUGAAACACGUGACCAAAGCGCCUCAUCUUCCGGGACCCCAGGAAGGAGAAAAAGCAGUUCUUUGCAAGUUUCGGCAGCCAAGGAGCACACACCCUGACCCUGGACUGGCCAAGAGGACACAGAGGAAGGUUGCUCUUGGAGGAAGCCACCUGCCAGCAGGCAUCAGGGUGAGGACCACGGGAGGCGCUCAGGGCUGUCCUGGGUCUGAGAAAAGCAUCUGCAAUAAACCUCACUUGACGUUUGAGCUCAGUGUCUGUGUGAGAACUGAGAAACCACCUCCAUGUAUGGACCGUUAUUGGAAAUGUUUUCCCAGAGGCUAAGAAGCAUUGCUGAAAGGUGCAAUAGGAAUCAGCAGCUCCCUUCCUGAGGGCCAUCUCGGGGCUCAGUCUCCCCGAGGAAGGGGCGCUGCCUUUGGUCGGGCCCCCUUAGGACCCCCCCUGCCCCCCCACGCUUUCCCCAGGCGUCCCCCGCAGUCCUUGGGAAAUGUGAACAUCCACUGAGAUUCCCAGGUGUGGGUUCUGCUCUGCGCGGCCCCUGGCUCCGGUGGAGUUUGACUCCAGGCCCAGGAAGACACGGAGGACCUGGAGGCUGAGGGCGGGGCUCUGCAUUCCUUAGGCAGAGGUGACACUAAAAGCCCCUCCUCCCCUCCAGUCUAGCAUCAGAGACACUGAGCCCUGGAAACAGUGGGUCGCAGGGCAGGUCAGUGGCGAGUCCAGCUGAGGCCCGUGCCUCGUGAACGCUCUCCCACCGCUGGUCCUUGGUUUCUCCCACUGUCACCGGAAGGAAACUUGGUUCCAUUAUAAGCAGCAGUUCACGUAGGACAGUGAUGGCGAACCUAUGACACGCGAACUCAUUUUUUUGGUUGAUUUUUCUUUGUUA